AUGGAAAUGGCCCUUCCGGUAGCGUCUGGAGCCAAUCAGCAGCCGCUCCUGCCGCCGCAGGCGCUUCAGAAUCAGCACCAGCGUCAGCCAAUCAGGAAGAAGGUGUCAAGAGACCGAGGCGCGAGGUUGAUUGAGGAGAGAGCGGUGGGAGCCGGGAGAGAGAGUACGGCGGUGCUUAGGCAGUCGUCGGAGCAGCGGGGUCAGGAGCUAGGGGGUUGUGAGGGUGCGAGGCAGCGCGAGGAGCGUUCUGGGGAGAUGGUGCCGGCUGUAGCAGGGGAUGUGAUGUUAGAGGGGGUGAGUGUAGCGGAGAGAGGUUGUGGCGACGGUGGGGAAGCGAGGAGCGUGGAAAUAAAGGAGGAGGAGCAGGAGUGGGUGGUGGGGGCAGGGGAGGAGGAGAAGGAAGGGGAGGAGCGGGAGGAGGCGGGAGAUAACAGUAGGCAGAAGCAGGUGCAGGAAGAAAGGGAAGAGGAGGGGAGAGUGAAGCAGGAGCAGGGGCUGUCGAGCACAGGUGGUCAGAAGCAGCAGGGGGGGAUUGCUGAGGCGAGCAGACAUGUGCAGGAUGGCACGGACGUGGUUGCGUUGGAGGGCGAAUGGGGUGAGGGAGACGACGGCGAGCAGGUUGUGUACAGGCUGUGCAGGGUGGACCCGGUUGACCCCGUUGACUCCGUUGACUUUCUUGACGCCAUGCCCAUAUCGGAGCGCGAGCUGGAGGAGCUCCAAACGUGGAUGCUCCGCCAUGCGCCCGACGCGCUCGCCCUGCUCUUGCCGCCUGGGGCGCUGGGGGCUCGGGGGGAGGCAGACAUGGCGGGGCGGCCAUCGGGGGAAGGAUUAGGUUUGGGGGAGGACGGCGGUGCGGACGAGCCCCCCCUGCCGUCGCCGCCUCUUCAAUGGUGGAACGGGGAGGUGGGAGUGGUAGGAACUGGGCAGCCACGUGGCAGGUCGCUAUUGGCUAGAGGGCAGGCACGAGCGGAAGGGCGGAUAGGGAGAGACGUGAAGGCGGAAUUAGGGUUGGGGCUGGAUGACGUGAAGAGUGGGCGGGACGGCCGCUCGGGUCAAUCAAACCUUCGUGGGGCCAUUAACGGCAUGCUUGCUCCGGUAGCCAAUGAGACGAGGACAGGUGUCCACGCGCGUCAGGAGUUUCUGGAUUUUCUCCUGACGGAGAUUUCGCACCACGAGCUCGCUGUGGGCCAAAGUAGCGUAACCCCCGGCCCCCACCCGCACCCCCAUCCCCGUGCUGAACUCUCCGCCCCUGACUCUCUCCCAACUCCGCCCCCCCCAUCCCACCAUCCAGCCCACGAUCAGCACCAUCCCCCCUUCCUCUCCGCCCCGCGCUCUCUCCCCGCUCAUGGGCGGGUGGGGCGGCCAAGGGGAGCUCUGGGCGGGGUGCGGGGGCGGAGGGGGAGAGGGAGGGGCGUGGGAAUGGCUCGGCGCGCUGCUAAUGGCGGCGUUGGUGGUUCAGGGCGCGCGGAGAAUGGGGGGGACGCGCACACUGCCGAUGGCGCAGCAGUGAGGGGCGGGGAGGAGGAGGAAGGGGCGGACGGCGGCGCACAGGGGGCGGGGGAGGAGGGGGAGGGAGCGAGUGCAGGGGGAAGGGCGAGGGUGGGGCGCCGCAGCAGGUGGCGGUUGGGGGGCCGGGGGAGGGACGAGGAGGUUGUGCGGAGAGGAUGGGGGGCUGCGCAUCCUCUGUCAGGGGGAGAGGGAGGGGCGCAAGGAGGGCCAGCAGAGGGAGCAGAGGAAGGAGAAAAGGGAUUGGAGCGAGAUGGAGAAGCAGGGCUAGCCGCUGCUCCGCCUGCUGAGGCGGGCGGGGCAGGUAUGGGGCAGGGAGCAGCAGGGGGGACUGGCGCCAGUGGGCGUGCCCCAGCAAGUGCAGCCCCUGGCGCUGCCCCACACCCGCCCAGCCCCCGCCAUCUCCGCUCCUCCCCCAUUGCUUCCGCCCCCGCUUCCCCGGUUGCACGGGCUAGAGGGGCGCAGAGUGGGGCGCAGCCGGUGGAGGAGGGCAGGGGGAGGAGAGUGAGCGCGAGGCGGGGCGGUGGGCGGCUGGCAGCAGCACUGCAGGCGAAGGUAGAGCCGGGGGAGGCGACUUCUGAGACUGCCGCUGUAACUGCAGCAGGGGGAUCAGCGGUUGGAGGUGUUUCUGCUGCGCCUGCUGCGGAGGCAUCCGUAGGAAGGGUUGUGUGGAGUGGGAGUGAGGCGCAGCAGGUGGCACAGCAGCAGGGCGGAGAGGCUACGGAGGGGGGGAGAGGGGGAGGAAAGAGGCGGAGAUUGCAGUCUGGGUGGCGGGCAAUGGGGGAAGGGAGAGUGAAGCGGGAGGGGGAGGGGCGAGGGGAGGGUGAAGAGGCAGAUGGAACUGGAGGGAUGUUGGGAGAGGGAGUGCGGGAGGGGGGUGAGUAUACAGCAGCAGAUGGAGCAGAGGAGGGUGGAGACGAGGCGGCAUCAGAGCGAAUGAGUGAUGACGCGGACGAAACUUCAGAGGCUGAAUAUGCUGAAGUUGCUGCAGUGGGUGCAGACUCAGGCGGUGGUGCCGGUACUGCCAGCGCUGGUGCUGAUACGCGCGCGUCUGUGGACGGGGCUGGAGCAGCGUUGUGGAAUGAGGUGGGGGGCAGGGGCGCACGUGGGAAGGGAGUGAGGGCGGGACGAGGCAGAGGCAGAGGCAGAGGGCGUGGCAGGUGGAAGGUGGAGGGGCGGCUGGGGAGGGACGUGCUGGGUAGAAGAGCGAGGAGUAGGGACGGAGGGGCGGGGAGAGAAGCGAGGUGGAAGAGCCGUGUGGGCGGGGAGGCAGAAGCAGGAGAUGAGGAGGAAGCUGGCUGGGCGAGUGACCUGAGGGAAGGGGAGGGAGCAGAGGAGGAGAGAGUGGGGGAGGAGAGAGUGGGGGAGGAGAGAGGGCAGUCAGAAGGUGCGAGGGAGGUGCAAGAGAUCAGUGCCGGGCGAAAUGGGAUGGAAGGGGAAAGUCGGGGCAGGGGUGAGGCAGGCGAAGGGGCAAGUGAGGAGGAGCAAGGGAAACGGGGAAAAAAGGAGGGCGUGAGCGGGGCCGUGGCCCCUUCGGUGUCAAGGCAGCUGAGGCUGCAGCGACGGCAGAUGAUUCAGAAGCAGUGGGAGGAGCGGCAGCGCAUGCAGCAGCAGGUUCGGCAGGCUGAGGCUCAGCGAAAACAGGUUCGGCAAACACAAGGUGAAGAAUCGCAGGCUCGGGAGGGGCGGCAGGAGGCAGAGGAGGAACGUAUGCAGCCCCAGGGUGGGGCUGUGGCGGAGAGGUCAGCGGGUGGAGAGGAGGGCGAGACGAAGGGGGGAAGAGACGGGGGAGAGGAGGGAGAAGCGGGACAAGGUGGAGGAACAAGAGAAGCAGGAGAAGGGGGUGAAGGGGGAGAAGGUGCUGAGGUGCAGGAUCUGAGAGCGAGCAGCGGAGGGGAAGACGUGGAGAUGGAGGUGCGUGAAGGGGGGGUGGGGGCCGGCAUGGCGGCAAAAGGGGGCAGCGCAGGAAGUUUGGAAAGAGUAGGGGGAGAAGAUGAGCAACAAGGAGACGGGGAGGCGUGUUUGGAGGAUGCGGGUGAGGGUAAAAGACCGAUGGCUGGUGGCGCAGCAGCAGGAGGGGCGAGGCAGAGGCAUGUGGGGGCGGGGGAGCAGCAAGAGCAGGAGCAGAGGAGCAAGGGUGAGAAGGGGUGGCAGGUGGAGUGUGUGGGUGACGAGAGGCACUUGGCGGAUGGGCAUGCUCUUAGACAAAAGGACGAGGCAGAGGUCAUGGAAAUGCGGACAACUAGAGAAGGUGAUGCGGAAUCUUCUAAGGUGGUAGAUGAAACGGUAGAUGAAACGCAUGUACAGUUACAGGCACUGACACAGACCGAGGAGCUGACGGAUGGUAGGAACCAGACACGUGUAGGUGGGGCGGGUGGGACAGGGGCACGGAUUGAGUCUCAAGCAAGUGAGGUUGCACAUGUACAGGUGGCACACGCUGACGUGGCACAGGCUGAGUUGGCUAAAGCGGGUGCAGAUAGGGUUAGGCACGAAGAGGGCAAGGCGGGUCCCUGUGUUGAGCUUCUGCCGAGGAAUGGAGUGCAAAGGGAGGGCGCGCAGAAGGAAGGAGCGGAGAGGAAGGGAGUGGGAAGGGAUGAAACGAUGAGGCAUCACAAGGGGCGGAAGACAGGCGAGCAUCAGCAAGCAGGGGGGCAAAGGCGGAGAGUGAAGGCAGGGUGGGGACGGCAGGGAGGACAGCAGGAGCAGCAGGCGAGUGGGCAGGCGCAGGAGCAAGGCUGGGAGGAAGGGCAGGCAGGGAUGCAGGGGCUAGAGAGAAGAGGGGAGGAAGGUGUUGAGACGGGUGGUGUUGGCACUGGAAGAGAGGCGAGCGGCAUGCAGAGAGGGCAGGCGGGCAGCAGUCCGCGGCACAUGUUGACAGAUGCCCAUGCUGCUGAAGCCAUUCCCGCUCACACUGCUACGCACCCCGCUGCUCACACUCGUGCAGUGUCCCCUCCACGUGAACUGCCACCGACCAUGCACCUGCCUGCAGCGCUGCUGAUUGCUGAAACGAGUCCAGGCUUGGUGGUUGAUGCUGCUUGGAGUGGGGCUGCGCUAGGGAAGGCACAAGGAGGGCAGCAAGAUGUGGAGGAGGCGGAGGGGGCGCAGACGCAGAGGCAUGAAGGCAUGGCGGUACAGAGGCAGCAAGAGCAUGUGAAGCAGGAAGAGGAUGAACGGAAGGAAGAGGACCGAGUCGAGGGGGCGAGGGAGGUGGUGAAAGGGAAAGAGCGAGAGGAGGGGCCAAUGGAGCGACAGCAGCAACAGCAGCAGCAGCAGCAGUUGGAAGGAGUGACAGGCAGUGGUGGCUGUGCAGGGUGGGGCAUGGGAAUGGCACCAGGUGGGGGCGUGCCAACGGGUGUGGGAGUGCAAGGGAGCAGCCCUGUCACGAGCCCUCUCCGUGCACCUGCUGCUUUCCCCUUUACAACCCCUGCUGCUGCUGCCUUCCCGUCUGCCCCUGCUUCCUCACGCUCCCCUCUUUCUUCUCCGCCCCCUGCUCCUGUUUCCACUCCUGCACCUGCUCUUGCUCCUGCUGUCCCUGCUGCCCCUGCUACUGCUGCCCUUACUACUGCCAAUGCUACUGCUACUGCUGCGCGCGCCAGUCCCAACCAUGUCAUCAGCGCCAGCCCACUCUCCAGCCCUCUCCACGGCUUGCCCGAUCCUCUGCCUCCUGCCGUUGCCGUUUCUGCUCCCACUGCCAAUAUGGCUCCUGCUGCUGCUGCUGCUGCUGCUGGCAGUGGUGGCAGCAAAGGGAAGGGGAAGCGAGGGGGAGGUGCGGGUGGAAGCAGUGGGAAGGGAGGGAAGGGGAAAGGGCGAGAGGCAGGGGCAGGGGCACACGGGAAGAAAGCAACACCGAUUGCAGCUGGCGCUACAGAUGGUGACCCAGUUCCUGCUGCUGGGAAAGCUGCUGCUACAACUGUGCCUGACCGCAGCGCUACAGUUGCUAUGGCUGCUACAGCCGGACAAGCAAAUGCUCUGUCUGGUGAAGCAGGAGGCACAGCCGACAAGGGGAGCGGACUAGCGAGUGGUGCUGGUGGUGGGGGUAGGAGAGGCGAGGAGAGAAUGGAGGAGGUUAGCAGAGAAGCCCACGGGGCAGCAGGAGCAGUAGGAGUGAGUGAGAAAGGAGGGAGUGAGAAUGUGCUGGAGAAAGGAUUGAGUGAGAGGAGCCGCAGAAAGAGGGUGCUUAACUCGAGGUACUAUGAGGGGGGGUUCCAAUACGAGGGUGACUAUACUGAAGGGGAGGAGGGGCAGCCGUCAGAACCAGACAUGGACUGGCAUCCCACUGGUGCUGACGUGGCAGCAGCUGGAAGGGGAGGAGGAGCGGGAGGAGGAGGGAUGGGCAUGGGAGGUCAGAGUGGGGACUAUGCUGCCACAUUAGGGUUUAGUGUAGAUGCUGACGUGGCAGGCAUGGCAAGAGCCGUGAUGGGCUGGGGAAGGCAGCAGGUGGGUGAGGGCGCUUCCUCUCUGCCCGAUGCUGCCAACAUGCUUGGGCCUGCUGCUGCUGCUGCUGGUGUGGCUGCUGCUGCUGCAGGUGGUGGUGGUUGGGGGGCAGAAGGAGAAGUGAGAAGAGCGGUUGGGGGAAAGGGAGCAGGCAGGGGGAGGGGAGGGGGGAGGGGCGUGGGGAAAGGGGACGGUGCUGCUGCUGUGGGGGGAAGAGCAAAGCGGGGCAGGGUGGGCGAGAGCGGCUUGGAGGCUGCUGGGGACAGUGCAGGGGAAGAGGCGGGGGAGGGGGGUGAGGAGGGGGAAGGUGGGGAUGGUUGGGCAGGGGGGGUGGAGGAGGUUGGUGGUAUAGGAGUGGUGUCAUGGCAGGUUGUUGCUGCUCCUGCGAAGGAGAGACCUCCAGCAAAAAAGAAGAAAUCCUCACUGUCAUCUUCAGCAGCAGCACCACCACCACCACCGGUACCAGCAGCAGCCGGCAUGACAUCCCCCCAGAGGCAGCUGUUGGCUCAGCAGCAGCAGCAGCAGCAGCAGGUGCAGCAGCGGGGGGCUGGUGUGGCGGGAGGCGGGGGCAGAGGGAAGGGUGGCGGCAGAAAGGGCGAGGCGAGGUGGUCGCGGACGCCUGGGGGGGUCAGCCUGCUAGGGGGUGCUCUGGAUGGCAAGCUGCAGGAAGCUUCCUGGAUGGAGCUCUCCAGCAUGGUCGGCCUCUCCCCUGUCCCGGCGCUCACCCCCCUGCCUCCCGCCGCCCUUGCCGACCACCCUGCCGCCCUCUCCUGUGGUCUUGCCGCCCGGGCCCUUUCAAGUGGAACCGUGGGAAAGCAGCAAGGAGGGGGAUUCACUGACUCUGCGGGUGUGGGGGGCGGGGCGAGAGGUGGGGAAGAUGAGGGGUUGGGGGGGAUGGGUGGUGGGGGCAGGGAUUGGGGGGGAGGAGGGGGCAGUGGGGAGAGUGGGGAUGAGGUGGGAGCUCCUAUGAGCCCCUCGGGUACACCCUUGAGUCCUCCCUCCCUGCAGCAGCAGCAGCAGCAGCAGCAGCGUCAUGGGAUGGAGAGGGGGAGUGUGGCAGCAGCUGCUGCUCCUGCAAGUGGUGGUGGUGGCGGCGGGUCGAAGAAGGCGGGAGGCGGGGCGGGUGAUGCGCGCAUGUACACGGCGAAUGGGGGGCUGCGGCGCAAGCACCACCGGCCGUGGACGCUGAGGGAGGUGAUGAUCCUCGUGGAUGGCGUGGCGCGGUGUGGUGGAGGCAAGUGGGCUGACAUCAAGAAGCUUGCCUUCGCCUCCAUUGGCUACCGCACUGCUGUUGACCUCAAGGACAAGUGGCGCAAUCUGCUGCGUGCAAGCCGGAUGGCGCUCCAGCCACCCAAAGAGCAUGUUUCCUCCCCCUCUACUCCCCCACAACCACCUCCCACACAUGACCCUCAUCUCUCUCCUCCACCCCUCCCCCUCCUCACCUUCUGCCACCUCUCCCUCCCUUUUCUGCCUCCCCUUCUCCCCUCCCCCUCUCCUCCUCUCCCCCUCCCCCGUUCCCCUCCUCCCCUCUGGAUGGCCACAUGGGGGCAGGGCGAGCAGCGCAAGAAGCAGGUGUCGGCGUCCAUCCCCCCGGCCGUGCUGGCGCGUGUGAGGGAGCUCGCUCAGCAGCAGGAGGCGCAGGCACACCUCAAGCUGCACGCCAGCACUGCAGGGGGGGGCGCAGGGGGGGCAGCGGCGGCAGGGGGAGGGGGAAGUGCGGGGGAAGAGGGGUCAGGGGAAGGAGGGACAGGGGGAGGAGGGGGAGCAGAGGAAGGUGGGAUGACAGGGGCAGGGGCGGGAGGCAAGGAAGGGGAAGGUGAGGGACACCAAGAUGCUGCUGCUGCUUCUGACCCUCAUUCUGUCUCUCCAACGGCCCUCUCUGCUGCUGCUGCUACUGGAAGGGCCGGACGGGUCGUGACUGACCCUCAAGCACCGCCCCUGCAUGCAUCCACACCAGCUUCCGGCACCCCUCUCAGCCCUCCCGUGCACCGCCUCACCUCCCCCUCUUUCCCCUCUGCCUUCCCCUCCACUCUCUCUCACCCCUCCUCUCCUGCCCCCGCCCUGCCAAACCUGUUUCCUGCGCCUCACUUUGGCCCGGACCGGACGUCUGCAGAGGAGGAGCACGGAGGGUCGGGAGAUGGGGGGGAGGAGAUGGCAGCUGGUCGGCGGGCUGUCGCAGGCAUGGCGGGAUCGCUGUCGGGCGACGAUCUGGCGAACGGCAAGGCGCUGGUGCCGUUCCUGCAGCGCGCCGAUGAGCUGCAGAAGCACGACCCGCUCGUCGCUUACUACUGUCGGCUGUACGCGAUGGACAAGGGGCUGCGCGUGCCCAGCAAGGAGCGCAGCGCGGCCGUGAACGCGCUGCUCGUCUCCAUCAUGAGCCGCCUCGAGAAGGACAAGGCGGCGCUGCAGCUGUCGCCCGACGACGGGCUGCACGUGGAGGGCUUCGCGCAGCGCGUGUUCAGCAAGGCGGACAAGCAGGACCGCGCCGCCCGCGCUGACAUGGGCACGGCCAAGACCUUCUAUGCGGCGGGGAUAUUCUUUGAAGUGUGCCGCCAGUUUGGGGAGCUCGCUCCCGAGGUGGAGCAGAAGCAGCGCUACGCCGUGUGGAAGGCGGCGGACAUUCGCAGGGCGCUGGCGGACGGCAGGCGCCCCACGCCCGGCCCACCGGGGGGCGACGCUGAUGCCACCGCUGCUUCUCCCGCCGAUGCUGCCGCUGCUUCUCCCGCCGAUGCUGCCGCUGCUGCAUCAGCCCCUGCCGUGGCCCCUCCUGCAGCGCCCUCAUUCCCCUCAGCAGACUCCCUGGAUGCCAUGUUCUCCGGCCCUCCUCCUCCUGCUGCUGCUCCCAGCACCUUUGGUGCCAACGCUGCCCCAGCUGCCCCCGGUGGUGCCAGUACCACGGGUGGUUCCGGCAGGCUGCAGGUAGCGAGGCCGGUGGGAGCUGGGAGCGCUGCCAUGCAGCCCAACCCUCAUGGCCAAGCGAAUCCGUAUUACCAGGGCCAUGGGGAUUACUCGCAAGCACCCCAGGGGCAGGCAGCACAGGCAGCACAGGCGGCGCAGGCAUGGCAGCAGAGCACAGCCGCGUCUGACAGCGCGUUUAUCACCUCCUUUGCCAGCGCCCCUGCUGCCCCUUCCUCCUCCCUGCCCACGCCUCCCGCCCCCUCCUCGGUCUCCCCACCAACCUUCACCCACUGGACUCCCGACUCUCACUACCCCUCUGCCACGCCACCCACCGCUGCCAACCCUUCAACCCAGUCAGCCCUGUUUGCCCCAGCAGCAGGCGGGUGGGCCCAACCUGCUGCUGCUGCCGCGCCGCCAUACCAGCAGCCACAGGCAGCAGCAGCAGCCGCGGCGGCAGCAGCGGGCGCUUUCACAAACCCCAUGUUUGCCACCCCGCCUGCCCCGAAUGCCGCCCCUGGUUCUGCCCUUGCGCCCAGUGCCACAGCUGCUGCUCCUGCAGCGUUUUCCUUCAUGCCAGGCGGUUCUGCCGCUGCCAGCCCAGGCGUGGGUGUGGCAGGGGGUACCUCUGGGUCACAUCCAUCGCAGUCGCCCCCACAUUCGGGGUACGGUGGAGGUGGUAGAGGUGUAGCGUCAGGCGGAGGAGCAAGAGCAGGACAGAAUGUUGCAGCAGCAGCGAAUGGGUCUGCGGCCAUGGGCAGCGUCUCAAACUCUCAAGGCCCAGGGCCUCGCGAGGUAGCGGAUGCGCACAAGGCGGCUCGAUAUGCCGUGAGUGCGCUUGCGGGUAAUGACGUUCCCACCGCUGUUGAUUUUAUUAGAAAGGCCUUGGCUUUGCUGGAGCAAGCUGGUGGCUAUUAG